CACACGAAAUUCGUAAACGUGUGUAGAGAGUGUACAAAGCAUACGUAAAGAGACUUUUCCUUCACAUUCAGUGGUUACCGCUCCUUUUGUAAGGUGCAGCCUAAAACAUGGACCGUUUUUCAUCAUCCACCACCCAUCUCUGGGUCGCUGUUGCCUUGUCAUUUCUUGCGGGAGCUCUAGCAAUUCCAAGGGAAAAUUUGUACCCUUUUGGGAGGGAAAACGGCGACUCUGAACUGCCGGUCGGGAACACCGUUCAACGGGAGCUGAAUCUGAGUACACCGCUGCAGUUUCUCACACAGAAACACAGCACAGUUUACGUGAACACAGAUGGUGUACUUACGUUUAGUGCUGUAGAUGAAGUUGGUCAACCACCAUACAGGUUUGGCACGUCACUCAAAAACAGCCAGGUCAAAACAAUAGCCCCAUUUGGUGCUGAUUACGACACAAGGUAUGGAGGCAGCGUAUUCUAUCGGGAGGAGCUAGGGACAGAGUCGCUACGCAGAGCAGCUCAAGAAAUAAGCCAGUAUUUUGGUAUGCCCGACUUCAGGCCGACAUCGCUGGUGAUUGUGACGUGGGAUAGCCUCGUGUAUCGAAAUAGAGAUAAGGUUCUGACGUUUCAGUUGGUCAUUCCAUCAGACGGAGAUCAAACUUUUGUGUUUUACAUCUACGAUGAUGAGAACACAGAGGCCACUGACGACUAUAGCGUGGUUGGAUUUAGUAAUGGAGAUGGCUCCCACCUGACACUCAAUGGUCAUGUCUCUAGCUUUACCAACGUCGCCCGGAUUGGUAUGUGGGCCUGGCAGGUUGGUGGCACUAACCUCGGCGUCAAGGGCUUUGGUCAGCCGACCAUCAACAGCGAAGGCAAAACUUCAACAGUUAGCUUCGUCCCUGGUGCGGAUGGGUCGACUGGAAGUGGUGGAUCAACGACAUUUGUCAUCGACGGCGGAUCAACUGUGGGUGGAGGAGGAUCAGCAACAAGUGGUGUAUCGACAGGAGGAUCUAGUUCAAGUGGUACAUCCACAAGUGGUUCAUCAUUUACAGUUGUUGUCGGUGGUGGAUCCAGUAGUUCAUCUGGUGGAUCAACAUCCACUGGUGGAUCAACAGUUGUUGUCGGUGGUGGGUCCAGUGGAUCUAGUAGCUCAUCUAGUGGAUCAACAGGCACUGGUGGAUCAUCCACCACUGUAGUGACAGUCAGGGGAAACGAAGGGGGCUCAACUGGAGGUUCAACAAGUAUAUCAAUUGAUGGGAGCUCUGGUGGAGCAGCUAGUGGUGGAUCAGCUAGUGGUGGAUCAGCUAGUGGUGGAUCAGCUAGUGGUGGAUCAGCUAGUGGGUCAGCUAGUGGUGGAUCAGCUAGUGGAUCAACAAUUUACCGAUCUGGGGUCUCAGGAGGGACUGGGACAGGUGCUGGUGGUUUUGAUGUGAACUUCAACGUAGGCGAUCAACUCAACCCAGGGUCCCGCGAUGAAUGUGACUUGUGCCACAACCAAGCUUCCUGCCAAGAGUUUUCUCAGGGUUUCUGCUGUGUCUGCCCAGAGAAUAUGAUUGGCAACGGUCGAUCCUGCCUGGCAUCCGAUGCAAAUCAACGUCUGAAUGGCUUAGUCUCAGGAAGGGUGAACGGUGUACCGUUUCAGAAUGCCAACCUUCACUCAUUCAUCCAGAUCUCUAGUGGCCGGACAUUCACUGCCAUCAGUCCCUUAGACCCGCAGAUCAGCUACUCUCUGCAGAGCAUCACCCCAGUGGCCGAGAUCAUGGGCUGGCUGUUUGGCCUGCCUAGUGGCAAAGGCUUAAAUGGGUUCACUCUCACGGGUGGAAAGUUCUUACAGACGCUAAACAUCACCUUCAGUACUGGAGAGAACAUGUUCAUUACACAAAGAUUUUUAGGUGUUGAUGAGGAAGGGUACAUCAGAGUCAACUCUAACUGGGAGGGAACAGUGCCUGAGAUUUACCUAUCGGCUUACAUUUUUGUUGAAGACCACAAGGAAGAGUACAUUCGCCACCGUCUGGGUGUGAUCCACACCUUUGCCAAGCGCACCCUUCAAGUUGGCGAGGACACCCUCUCCUACACAAUGGAUCAGACCAUCGAGUACGACGAAUGCCUCGGAGAUGAGGCAGACACCGAGUACAUCCUGAACUUCAUGCGCACCAGUCUGACCGAAACCUACGUGCAAUACGAAGUCAACGAGAAUAUUCUCCGAUUUUCCAUGGUCGGAAAAGUCACCCCUGCUUCAGAGCAAGUUGAUGACCGCUGCAAAAAUAACAAUUGCGAUCGCAAUGCGGAAUGUCUCCCAGCUGGUGAUGUAGGUUACCGUUGUAAAUGUAACCCAGGCUACCAGGGAAACGGUCAACAAUGCUCAGUGAGUGAUCCGUGUGCUCAGCAUACCUGUGAUGUGAACGCUAACUGUGUACCCGUAGCUGAGAGAUAUACCUGUGUCUGUAACACUGGAUACAGCGGUGAUGGAUUCGCCUGUACAUUUGAUCGCUGUGCUGAUAAUGUUUGUAACGUUAACGCUCAAUGUAUACCAAAUCGCUCUGGAUAUGAAUGCUUGUGUAACUUCGGAUUCACGGGAGAUGGUUUCAACUGUCAGGUCGAUCGCUGCACCGGUAAUGCAUGUGAUGUUAACGCUCGCUGUGUUCCAUCUCAGUCUGGGUAUGGGUGCGAAUGCAACAGCGGAUUCACUGGAAAUGGUUUCUCCUGCCAGGCGGACGAUGCUGAUCAUUGUGUAGCUAAUACAUGUGAUCCUAAUGCUCGUUGUGUGUCAUUGGAGUUUGGUUACCAGUGUAUCUGCAACCAAGGGUACCGAGGAGAUGGCUACACUUGUCGAGAUUUUCAGGUUGACUACUGCGCUAACAAUGACUGUGACAGGAACGCACGCUGUUUAGCUGAUUCUACUGGCUACCAGUGCUUUUGCAAUCCGGGUUUCACUGGAAACGGCCGAAGUUGUAAUAGAGCUGAUCCCGUAGACCCCUGUGUUAAUCACACAUGUCAUAUGAAUGCUAUUUGUGUAGCCUCCGUUAAUGCCACCUAUGACUGCGUGUGUUCUGAAGGCUACAGCGGUGAUGGUUUUAUGUGCCAGGAUUCUCAGGUUGACUACUGCGCUAACAAUGACUGUGACAGGAACGCACGCUGUUUAGCUGAUUCUACUGGCUACCAGUGCUUUUGCAAUCCGGGUUUCACUGGAAACGGCCGAAGUUGUAAUAGAGCUGAUCCCGUAGACCCCUGUGUUAAUCACACAUGUCAUAUGAAUGCUAUUUGUGUAGCCUCCGUUAAUGCCACCUAUGACUGCGUGUGUUCUGAAGGCUACAGCGGUGAUGGUUUUAUGUGCCAGGAUACCGUAUCUUCAGCGUGCGAUUCUAACAACUGCGAUCGUAACGCCAGAUGUAGUGAAUCUCAGAGCCGUAGCGGAUAUGACUGUUUCUGCAACCCAGGAUACAGUGGAGAUGGGAUACGAUGUGAUGUGGUGGUCGAUAACCGCUGCCGGCUCAAUCGGUGUUCAGCCAACGGUCGCUGCUUUCCAACACAGACCAGCUACAGAUGUGUAUGCAAUCCUGGUUACUUUGGGAAUGGCUUCCGCUGUCGAGUUUUGGACCCAUGUAUCAACAAUCGAUGCGACUUCAACGCAGCCUGUUCACCAGCUCAGCAGGGUGGCUAUACCUGUGCCUGUAAUGAUGGGUAUGAAGGAGAUGGCUUCACAUGCACAAAUGAAUUGGUGAAUGUGUGUUCGUCUUGUGAUGUGAGUGCCCAGUGUAUUCCUGAGGGACUUGGUUUCCGAUGUGUAUGUAACUCUGGUUUCCAGGGCAGUGGACGCACCUGUGAAGAUAUCGAUGAAUGUUCAUUGUCUGGUUCCCCAUGUCAUCAGUAUGCCUCUUGCUACAACGUACGAGGAAGCUUUUCAUGCUACUGUAAGCAGGGUUAUACUGGAGAUGGCUUCUCCUGCGAAGCGAUUCCAAGACCAGACAGCGGUGAUGGUACCCUCAUCUAUGCCCGUGGAAUGGCCAUCAUGAAGAUGCCUCUCAACGCACAGAAGCCUGGCAGUAAGAUCAUGUUCCGCUCUGGCCAGACCAUCGUUGGACUGGGAUACGACUGUCGGGAUGAGUACAUGUACUGGACGGACGUCUCUGGACGAACCAUCAACCGCGCUAACAUUGAUGGCUCAGAUGUCCAAGUGAUCGUCGGUCGAGGUCUGAGUAGCCCUGAGGGUGUGGCUGUGGAUUGGUUGAGCCGUAACAUCUACUGGACUGACUCUGGCUAUGACCGCAUCGAGGUAGCCAACUUGGACGGAGGUAACCGUCGAGUCCUCUUCAACAAUGACCUGGCUAACCCAAGGGCUAUUGUGGCCGACCCUAUCGGAGGCAUGCUGUACUGGACUGAUUGGAAUCGAGAUGGCCCAAGGAUCGAGCGUUCUCAUCUUGAUGGAGGCAAUCGCACCGUCCUGGUAGACACAAAUAUUGAGCUUCCCAAUGGCCUUAGCCUGGACUAUACAUCCAGUCAGAUAUGCUGGGCUGAUGCUGGUACCAAGAAGAUUGAGUGCAUGAACAUGAAUGGCGAUCCCUUGACUCGCUUCACCGUCUUCCCAUCUAGUAACUAUCCAUUCAGUAUAGCAUCAUUUGGCUUUAAACUCUACUGGUCCGACUGGGACACCAAAAGCAUACAGAGUAUCAGUAAGACCGGUGGUACAGAGAGCGCCAGUGUCAAGCUCCCUCGUGGAGGUAAUGGUCGCGUCUAUGGCAUCACUGCUAUCUCAACCUGCCCCAGUGCCAGCAAUGCCUGUAGUAAUAAUAACGGAGGAUGUAGCAGUUUGUGUCUACCUAUCCCUGGAGGCCAGAGGAAGUGUGCCUGUCCAUCCACCCUUGAGGGCAAUGAGGUUCCAUGUGUGUAAAGAUUCUAAGCGUGCUACCGAUGUGAACUACAAUUAAUGGUGCUCACUGCCAAUGACUACCCUGUCAACAACAUUUACUUCCUAACAACACCUCUGAUUGGCUAUCAACUUCAAAAGAGUCUUUCCCAUUGGACAACAAAAAAAGUGAAUGAAACAAGCCUCUCCAUUGGUGUAUACUUACGAAAGCUCAAAUGUCAUUGGACAGUCAAUAUUUUUUAAGUGUAAACACCAGCAAACCAUGUUAAUAAUUUGUGUUGUUUAGGAAUCCUAGAUCAGAUUUUAUUUCGGAACACAACAGAGAGCAAAAAUGUAGAUGUGUUUGUUUUUUAUAAAUAAUCAUUUGGCAUGCUGCACCAUACUUUCUAAUUGUUUUAGUUGUAGAUUUUAUUGAACAACUAUACAGUGAAAUAUUCACAUUUUGUUUGAGUGAUGUCUUUCUUUUUUGUUCUUCUUUUUGUUUUUUUCUUUCACUACAAUACUAAGAGUUAGCUGUGGACAUCUUAAAUAUUUUAUAGGCACUUAGUCAAUUAUUUAUGUUUUAUAUAGAGGUAUAACCAUUUUUUUAAGCUCACCAGUAACUUUCAAUAUAUUCAAAUAGUUGUGCUUUCCAGAUUUAUCAAAAGAAGCAUUUUAUUUAUCACACUCAAAGCAUUAAGCGGUUUGGUUGAUGUCACAGAAGUUUAAAAAAAAAAGGCAG